UUCUUCGAUGCUUCGGCUUGCACGCAUCUUCUGCCUUCUCUGGCUCCUAGUUUACCAAGCACAAGCAGUCAGCCACCUCUACUGAAAAUGAAAAUCGUGAAUACCAGCCGGCGAAAAGACGGCCCAUAUCACUUUAUCCCCGCUCUCUCCACUCUCUCAAGUCUCAAUCCAUGUCAAUAUCGUUUCAUUGAACUCCCAUAGGCCACAGGGCGGCGCUCAAAUAGAGUGAAAUCCUCUCAUUGCUUCGAAAUCGAAAGCCAUGGUCGCUCCGGGGUGUCUUCCUCUCUCGCCAUCUCUUGGUUCUUGUGACUUUUCGAAUCAAUACCACAAAUCUGCGUUCUUCCUUUUCUCCUUCCAUCGCCAGCAGCUUUUCCGCACCUCGAGGCCAUCUAGGCAGCCCAGACUCUUCACCAACCUUCAUCGAACCCCGCAGCGGCGCUGCUGUUGUCGAGGAGUAGCCCGUGCUGCCUAUGUAUCUGCUCCGGCCUCCGAAUACAACGCCGGCUCGGAAAAUGGCUCCGGCCGCACCGGGGAAGUCGUUUCAGCGGCGACUAUUCCGUCGGUUCUGCCGGUUAGCUGGGCUGUCAUCUGGCCGCUCCUGUCACAGCACAAACUGAGAAUUGUUGUGUCGCUAGCUUCACUCGUGGUUUGCACCUCAUGCACUCUUGCUAUGCCCCUUUUUUCUGGAAAGUUCUAUGAAGUGCUCAUUGGGCGAGGGACUGGGAGCUUUUGGAACCUUAUCUUUCGGAUUGGUGCUUUGUAUGUUUUGGAACCAAUUUUUACUGUUGUGUUUGUUAUAAACAUGACAAUUAUGUGGGAAAAGGUGAUGGCAAGCUUGCGGGGUCAAAUCUUUAAAAGAAUGUUGAUCCAAAAGGUGGAAUUUUUCGACCAAUAUAAGGUUGGUGAAUUGACAGGGUUGCUGACAUCCGAUUUGGGUUCACUAAAAGAAGUUGUUAGUGAAAACAUAUCAAGAGACCGUGGGCUUCGGGCAUUCUCCGAGAUUUUUGGUACAAUAUGUAUACUCUUCUCACUGUCAACAGAGCUUGCUCCUGUACUAGGCUUGCUGAUGAUUUCUGUGUCUAUUCUUGUAGCAAUAUUUAAGAGAUCAACCGUACCUGUCUUCCAAUCCCAUGGAAUGAUCCAAGCAAGUAUUUCUGAUUGCGCAGCUGAAACAUUUUCAGCAAUCCGUACUGUCAGAUCAUUUGCUGGUGAGAGAAAACAACUGUCGAUGUUCGGGAAUUUGUUACUUGCUUACGAGAAUAGUGGCUUAAAACUAGGCACUCUGAAGUCAGCAAAUGAAUCAUUAACGCGGGCAGUCGUUUAUAUUUCCUUGAUGGGCCUUUAUUGCCUUGGUGGAAGCAAAGUAAAGACGGGUGAGUUGUCUGUUGGUACUAUGACAUCUUUCAUUGGCUACACCUUUACAUUAACUUUUGCUGUUCAAGGGGCUGUUAACACAUUAGGUCAUCUUCGUGGAACCUUUGCUGCCAUUGAAAGGAUUAAUUCUGUUCUUUCUACAACUGAUGUUGAUGAGCCGCUGGCUUACAGUUUGGAGAAGGAACUUAAAUUAGAAGGUCUUAAAGGCGAUAAGCCUUGGUUUAUUUAUAAAGAUGACUACUCCUCCAAAAUCCAUGCCCAAAAUAAGCUUUAUAUGCAUGAGCUGAGAUCGGUUGCUAACGGGUGCAGUCUAGCUUGGUCAGGAGAUAUUUGUCUUGAAGAUAUAUAUUUUUCUUAUCCUUUGAGAUCCGAUGUUGAAGUCUUAAAUGGUCUGAAUCUUAUACUUACGUGCGGAAAAGUAACAGCUCUUGUUGGACCUAGUGGAUCCGGGAAAAGUACUAUUGUGCAACUAUUGGCUCGAUUUUAUGAGCCAACCAGAGGUCGAAUAACAGUGGCAGGAGAAGAUGUCCGGGCAUUUGAUAAAAGGGAAUGGGCUCGAGCUGUAUCUAUUGUGAAUCAGGAACCGGUGCUUUUCUCUGUAUCAGUUGGGGAAAACAUUGCUUUUGGACUCCCUGACAAGGAUGUGUCGAGAGAAGACAUAGUGAAGGCAGCAAAAGCUGCUAAUGCUCAUGAUUUCAUAAUUUCUCUCCCACAGGGCUAUGACACCCAAGUCGGUGAGCGUGGAGGCCUCCUGAGUGGUGGGCAGAGACAGAGAAUAGCCAUUGCUCGUUCCCUUCUAAAGAAUGCUCCAAUUUUGAUAUUGGAUGAGGCAACCAGUGCUCUUGAUGCGGUAAGCGAGCGACUGGUUCAGGAGGCUCUAGAUAAGUUGAUGAAGGGAAGGACUUCAUUAGUGAUUGCUCAUCGAUUAAGCACCGUCCAAAAUGCUCACCAAAUUGCUGUUUGUUCGGAAGGUAAGAUUGCAGAGUUAGGCACCCAUUUGGAGCUGCUGGCUAAGGGUGGUGGCUAUGCCUCUUUAGUUGGCACUCAGAGGCUCGCAUUUGAAUGAUUCUCCUGUUUUCCCUUGCCGUUUCAAAUUAUAUAUAUUUAUUUUUAUCUGGAUUCCUUUGAUUCUUGUAUAGCGUUUUUUU